UCAUAAGUAAACAACUAGAAAAAAUGGCCCACAAAGCCAGAUUGCAGGAAUUCCAGCAAACUCUUGCCGCGGAAGUGAUUGACAUGAGCAAAUUGCGGAAGCUUGCUUUUAACGGAUGUCCAGAUGAACAAGGUAUGAGAUCAAAAUGCUGGAAGCUUGUGUUGCACUAUUUGCCAAAGACUACAGGUGAUUGGGCGUCUGAACUAAAGAAACAGAGGGCACUGUAUCGACAGUUUAUUGAUGAGAUGAUUAUAAAACCAGGAACAGAAGCCACUGAGAAAGGUGUUAUGGACGUCACUUUUGAUGAUCACCCUCUAAACCCUAACCCUGACAGCAGAUGGCAGGCUUACUUCAAGGACAAUGAAAUGCUUCUACAGAUUGAUAAGGACUGCAGACGAUUGUGCCCGGAUCUGAACUUCUUCCAGCGAGCAACACGGUUUCCCUGUGCUAGAUUGUGUGGCAAGAACAGUUUUGAGACUCUCAGGAAACGAGUGGAACAGGGUGUACUACAUUCAGAAUCUGUCAGCAGAAACAGGCUGGGAAUUACAAAUAUGUCUGUGAGCAGACGGAAGGGAAGUGAAGAGUUUGUUCCCUUGCCAGAGGGUCAGGAGGCACAUUGGGAGGUCUGUGAAAGGAUACUGUUUGUGUACGGCAAGCUCAACACAGGCCUAGGAUAUAUACAGGGAAUGAAUGAGAUCCUUGGGCCGAUAUACCACGCCUUCGCAUCAGAUCCUGAUCCAGAUUGUGAAGAAUUUGCUGAGGCCGACAGUUUCUUCUGUUUCACCAAUCUUAUGUCAGAAAUCAGGGACAACUUUAUCAAGUCGCUAGACGAUUCACAAUGUGGAAUUGGUAACCAGAUGAGCCAGUUGAUGUCAAUGUUAAAGGAGAAAGAUUCAACCCUGUGGUAUAGACUUCAAGAACAAGACCUAAAGCCUCAGUUUUACGCCUUCAGGUGGUUGACUCUGAUGUUUUCUCAGGAAUUCCCCCUUCCAGACGUACUCAGAAUAUGGGACUCAUUGUUUGCAGAGGAAAAGAGAUUCAACUUUCUUAUUCACGUCGCCUGUGCAAUGUUGUUACUGUUGAAGAAUGACUUGUUGACAGGUGACUUUUCACACAACAUGAAACUUGUUCAGAACUUCCCUUAUGCCACUUAUGAUGUGCAGCGUGUGAUCAAAAAAGCUGUGGAUAUUUCAAGAUGAUAGUGUCAGUGAUCAACGAACCUACGUGCCAGUUAUUAUGUGAUAUUGUAGACUGCAAACAUUUCCAAGUCCCAACCCCCUAACGGUGCAUACCCAGAGUUCCAGAGUUGUGACUCCAUGUGAUAUCUCCAACCUCGUUGUCUGUGAGAAUGGAGACAUAAUUAUAUGCUUUCCGACUUGCGUGUUGAAUGGUUCAAUCACAGAUGUGUUACGUUUAUUUUGUUGCACAAGUGCGUGUCACCUUACACUAUUUUAUGCAGAAAUUCAUUUCACUCAAGAUAACAUUAAAGAUCAUCUUCCUUAAACAUUGUGCCAUUAACAUGCUUAUAUUUUGUGAAAGCAAUUUUACUAAGAUGCUCAUAACAAUACUCAUUAAUCCUGUUGUAAGCAAAAUACGAUGCAUGUAUAAGUUCUUGUGUUAAUUCAUAUACCUGUUUUCAUGUUUCUGCAAGUACUCACAGGGUCUAAUCUACCCCACGUGACUUGUCUGGAGUUGUAAUAUAAGCGCAAAACCUGAUUUGUACCCCGGGUAUUUAGAUUUUGGCAGCGUGUUAUUGUUUUAGUACAUUUUGACUUCUAAAAGACAAAUUGAGUAAUUGUAUUUAUAAUCGAUCAAAAAAUUUUGAAAGUGUCUCGGCAAAUUGUUUCUAGAAAGACUGAUAUAACUGCUUUGGCUAUUUCUUUUUUAAGUUAACUGUUUGGUCUUACUUUGAUACUUUGAAACAUGGAUGAGGAUCAAAACAGAAUGUUACACAUUCAAAAUACUUGUAGUUCAUAGUACCUUUUCUUUUUUUAAAAUUAAACGUUCAUAAUAUUUCUAUAAAAUGUUUAGUUAAUAGCUACAUAAUAAAUAAUAUGUUUAAUGUUCUUAAACAAACUGAAAUUGUUAUUUAAAAAAAAAAAUCUCAAUAGCUUUAAGUGACCAUUAAUUCCCGGGGGAGAAUUGUUGGUCGUAUUUAAGAGGUAUUAGGUAAAUUGAUCUCUUAUGCUUUUAUGCUGUUUUCUGGCAAUAUAGUCAACAUUUUAAUUCUGUUUGUUUUCCUCUUUUUUUAAGUAUUUGCGUAAAGGUCUGCACUUAAUUUGUGUCCGGCGAUGAUUUAAAUGUUAUGUUGCACAGUUGCGGUUACUUACACAAAUUGGUGAUUCAAUUAUUGGUUCAUACGUGUAAUCAUUUUUUUUAAUACAUUUGUUAUUCAAAAAACUUGUUUAUUGAAUGAAUAUAUAAUAAUCAUUAUACUUAAUUAAAAUGUUAAUUGUUGAUAAUGUUUUAAUAAAAUUGCUAAGCCUAA